CAUGUGCGACGAUAAAAUUAAAUGUUACCACGACAACGCGUUGUCCAGUGGACAGGAAAUCAUUUUUUCCAGCAAUUCUGAAAACAUGUAACCCCCGAAUAAGCACACUUAGCCAUAACGAAGUACAUGUACAUGUUGUCCGAUCUACGUGCAACACUUAGAUUCAAUGUCAAUUUUAUCACAAAAUAUGGAGAGCGAUUUGGGUGUGAUCUCCGUAGUCUACUUAUCAAUGUUUUUGGACAAUGUACUUUUGACUGUAGUUGUGCCAAUUAUUCCUGAACAUUUAUACAUACAAUGGAUCACCAAUACAACACAUUUUGUAACUAAUGCAACUAGAAGAGACCAACCGCUUCUUCCUAGUUCAUUGAUCAAAAUGAAAUUACAAACAUUAGAAAAUGAAAAUGAAACAAUAGGCGUCUUGUUAUCUUCUAAAGCUAUUGUCCAGUUGUUUAUGAAUCCUUUAGUGGGAAUUUUAACAUCAUACGUCGGAUACAGUUUACCUAUAUUCCUUGGAUCAAUUCUUUUGAUUAUAAUAUCAGUUUUGUUUGCAUAUGGAGAGACUUUUGUUUCAUUACUAGUUGCUAGAAGUCUUCAAGGAACUGCUUCAGCACUGAUCAGUGUUUCUGGUAUGUGCUUAAUUGCUGAUCAAAAUCAUAUGUCAGAUUUAAGACGUAGUAAAGUAAUGGGUCUAGUUAUGGGAAGUAUAGCCUUAGGUGUUUUAGUCGGUUAUCCAUUUGGUGGCAUACUUUAUUAUUUUGUUGAUAAGUCAACACCAUUUAAUGUUAUAAUAUGUGCCAUAACAUUCAAUUUAGGUCUACAACUUUUUGUUUUUAAUUUUAAUCUAGUAAAAAAGGUAAAUUCAUUUAAUGAGAUACUGCAAUUAAAACAAACAUAUAAUGAUAAACAUCAAUCUCACUUUAAUAAUGGCAACUGGAAAGAUCUUCUAAAAGAUGGAUAUAUCCUGUUAAUCACUUUUUCUAUUUGUCUAACAUCAUCUGCCAUGGCCAUUUUGGAACCGUUUUUACCAAUUUGGCUCAUACAAAUUAUAAACCCAGAAAAAUGGCAGCUGGGUACAGUUUUCAUUCCAGAUAGUCUUGGCUAUUUAAUUGGCACGAAUUUCUUUGGCACUUUGUCAUACACAAUGGGACAAUGGAGAAUGGCUGUACUAGCAACUCUACUAGUUGGUAUAUCCGCAAUUAUGAUUCCGGCUGCCACAACGACAAUAGGUCUUGUUUGUCCACAUUUUGGUUUAGGUUUGGGUAUAGGAAUAGUAGAUUCAGCUUUGGUUCCCAUGCUGGCAAAUCUAGUAGACACCAGACAUCCAAACGUACAUUAUGGAUCGGUAUACGCACUCCAACAAACGGCCGUUAGUCUAGCAUAUUCCUUUGGUCCAAUUUUCGGCGGUCAAGUCGUGAAAACUCUUGGAUUCCCAUGUUUAAUGAGAACUGUAGGAAUUAUAAACAUAUCUUAUUGCUGUCUGUUGGUAUUUUUAAGUAAAGUUUCAAACAACAAAACGGAAAAAAUUAAUAUUGAUACGUCUAUUCCGGAUUAUAAGUCCACAAGUGUUGUACCAUUCUUUAGCAAACAUAUCGCUUAUAAAAAACUCGAUGAACUGGAUGAAAAUAAUUAAAAUUGUUAAUAUUAUUAGUAAUAAACAUAAAGCUUAGUAUUAUUUUAUAGUUACGCAGCAUUUUCACUAUUAUUUUAGAUGUGAUAUAUUAUGAUGGGCUUUAUCAUAUUAAGUUAAGAAUGUUAUGAGUAAAAAGGUUAAAACUUUUAAAGAAAAAAAAAUCAUGAUGGUAAAAACUGAAUUAAUAUUGUCUCACUCGGUAAGUUUUCUACAAGUAAAAUACUAAAAUAUUCCAUUGCAUUACAAGUUAAAAAAUAUUUUUUGGAUUAAGUAUUUUAAUCAUUUCAUAUACUUAAAAGUAAAAACUCCCCAACUUUAAUGUGAUUUAUAAAAUUCCUUCUUAUUAAAUUAUAUGUAUAUUUUUUGUACAUUAUGGUAAAUGUUUCUAAAGCAUUAUACCUAUC